UUUUUAGUCCUUCAUUUUAUUCCGUUUUAUUCUCAUGUUGUGUUGGACUUGAAAUUCUAGCAGAAGUUUGAUUUUGUGUCAUACAAUAUCGUGUUUUGGAAAGGAGGGUAGAAAGUUAAAGGUAGGUGGUUAAAAUAAAGGGCCAAAAAAAGGCAGUGGUGGAAGGAUUCGGAAAGGCAGUGGUGGAAGGAUUCUGACAACCUUCCCCUUGCUUGAGAUUUCAAAUCGAGUGGCUUCUUUCUUCUGUUGCAAUUUGGGUGCCUUGGACGCGCAAUGGUCGCGAUUGUAUUGCACGGAGAUGGGCUUCGUAUCAGCAUCCCGCGGGCGAGAAUGAAUGGGCCAAAGUGACGUGGCGGCUCUUGAUUGGUCUAUAUGUGGUAGCCAUUGCAACUAACCGUUUUUAACCGUUUAGAGUUCAAAAAAUCAUAAAUGUGUGUCCAAUUACUUAAUUUUAAAAUAAAAAAGUUGAUGUGGAUUUAGACUGACGAGAAAUAGAGUCGAGAACUAACUUGAGGGAGGGGUUGGACGUGGAGAAGAUGGUGCACUGUAAAAUAAAAAAAGUUGAUGUGGAUUUAGACUGACGAGAAAUAGAGUCGAGAACUAACUUAGGGAGGGGUUGGGCGUGAGGAAGAUGGUGCACUGUAACCAGCGAGUGGAUCCUCCAUUUGGAUUGGUGCACCCAAACGAGAGGAGAAGAUUGGUGUGGUCACGGCCGACAACUGACAAGCAGGCAGCUACCCCAUGCUGCGCCAGCGCCACCCCUCGUCGCUGACUGACGAUGGUCGAUGACGAGCCACGAGCGACAAGGCCUGGCUUGGCCUCAUAUUCACGGCCAGAGUGGCAGACACGUCAGAAGCUAGCUCGCUUGUGUCCUAUCUCCUGGACUGUUUCUCCAAGUACAAACGCGCGCGGCUGCUGCAAUCAUCAUCAUUCGCCCGCUCUUUUGCCUUUCUUUCCUCGCCAAUCUCAUCUUCCCGCCGACCGAACCCGAACUUGCCCAUAGUCGGCUGCUACGGUAAUCUCUCCUGGUCGCGUCGCAUCACCACAGGAAUGGCGGAUCUCGCCGCUCAACCACCGUAACAAGAAAUCGUUGCCGACGACGAUUUCAGAAUUCGAAUAAAUUCCUACGCCCAGGUCCAGCAGCGUUCGUUUCGUUGCUCCACCUCCACUCAUCAGAUCCAUCCACGCGAGAGACCGAGGCAGGCAGCCAUGCCGCUGCCGCUGCCGCUGCCGCCGCUCCUGCUCUGCGUCUGCGUCUGCGUCUGCCUCUGCCUCUACCUCACCCACCUCCCCCGCCUCGCCUCCUCCGAGCCCGACGCCGACAAGGCGGCGCUGCUGGCGUUCCUCGCCGGCGUGGGCCGCGGCGCCACCGCGCGCGCGCGCAUCAACUGGCCCACCACCCCGCUCGCCUGCGCCGGCCCCGGACCGGGCUGGACGGGAGUCACCUGCAGCCCCGACGGCGCGCGCGUCGUGGCGUUGCACCUCCCGGGGCUGGGCCUCUCGGGCGCCGUGCAACCCGGCACGCUCGGCCGCCUCACGGCGCUGCAGCUGCUCAGCCUGCGCUCCAACAACCUGUCGGGCCCGCUCCCCGCCGACCUCCUGCGCCUGCCCGCGCUCGCGGGGCUCCACCUCCACCGCAACGCCUUCUCCGGCGCGCUCCCGCCCGGGCUCGCGGGGCUCGCCGCGCUCCAGGCGCUCGACCUCUCCUCCAACGGCUUCGGCGGCGGCAUCCCCGGCGCGCUCACCAGCCUCACCCGCCUUGUCGCGCUCGACCUCUCCAACAACUCGCUCUCCGGCCGCGUCCCGGACCUCGGCCUCCCCGCGCUCCAGUUCCUCAACCUCUCCAACAACCGCCUCGACGGGCCCGUGCCACCGUCCCUCCUCCGCUUCGCCGACGCCGCAUUCGCGGGCAACGACCUGACGCGCCCGCCCGCAGCAGCUCCUCCCGCCGCCGCCGCCCCCGCCGCGCGGACGCGGCGGGUCAGGCUCAGCGAGGCGGCCAUCCUCGCCGUCGCCGUCGGCGGCUGCGUCCUCGCGUUCGCCGUCGCCGCGGUGCUGCUCCUCGCAUUCUGCAACAGGGAGGGCCGCGACGACGACGACGACGACACGGGAGGGGCCGGCGGGAAGGGCGGGGAGAAGAAGGGGAGGGAGUCGCCGGAGUCCAAGGCCGUCAUCGGCAAGGCCGGGGAGGGCAACCGGAUGGUCUUCUUCGAGGGCCCGGCGCUGGCGUUCGACCUGGAGGAUCUGCUCCGCGCCUCCGCCGAGGUCCUCGGCAAGGGCGCGUUCGGGACGGCGUACCGGGCCGUGCUGGAGGACGCCACCACGGUCGUCGUCAAGCGGCUCAGCAAGGAGGUGAGCGCCGGGCGCCGCGACUUCGAGCAGCAGAUGGAGCUGGUUGGCCGGAUUCGCCAUCGCAACGUCGUCGAGCUCCGCGCCUACUACUACUCCAAGGACGAGAAGCUGCUUGUGUACGAUUACUACGCCAGCGGAAGUGUAUCCAACAUGCUUCAUGACAUACUGCCUGUGCUCCUUUCAGGGAAGAGGGGAGAGGAGCGAACGCCAUUGGACUGGGAAACCAGGUGGAAGAUCGCUCUGGGUGCAGCAAGAGGAGUGGCACACGUCCACGCCGAGAACAACGGCAGAUUUGUCCACGGCAACAUCAAGGCCUCCAACGUGUUCGUCAACAGGGACGGAUACGGCUGCAUCUCGGACCUCGGCCUGGCACAGCUGGCGAACCCGAUCGCGGCGAGGUCCCGCUCCCUCGGGUACUGCGCGCCGGAGGUCGCCGACACGAGGAAGGCGUCGCAGGCUUCAGACGUGUACAGCCUCGGCGUCCUCGUGCUGGAGCUGCUCACGGGGAGGUCGCCCGUCCAGGUAUCCGGCGGGCGCGGCAGCGAGGUCGUCCACCUCGUGAGGUGGGUGCAGUCGGUCGUCCGCGAGGAGUGGACCGCCGAGGUGUUCGACGGCGCGCUGCUGCGGGUCCCUGACAUCGAGGAGGAGAUGGUGGAGAUGCUCCAGAUCGCGAUGGCGUGCGUGUCCAGGACCCCCGACCGGCGGCCCAAGGUGGCGGACGUGGUCAGGACGGUCGAGGAGGUGCGCCGGAGCGGCACCGGCACACGGCCGCCCUCCCCGCCGGCCACCGCCGCGGAUGCAGACCAGAGUGAGAUGGAGAGCUCCUCCUCGGCGGCGGCGGCGGCGGCGCAGUGACGGCGGGAGUUGAUGCUUCGCAGCCGCAUCUGGUGAUCCGUUCGUCGCCCUUUGUGUUGUGCUCUUCCAAAUCCACGGCCAUUCCAUUCUUUUGGCGGGUGCUGUACCAUUCCAUUCUUUUUUUCUCUCUCUCUUGUGUUAAGAAGAUUCCGUGUUACGAAAUUGUAACACAGUGUCACGUGGAGACGGUGGUCCGUCCGAUGCUCAUGGCAGCAGUUGCUCACUCCUUGCCGAUGAGAUGAGAGUGUCAGCGCAUGAAGACAAGCAAUUAACAUUCGGUGCUGCUUUGCUCUGUUGCUUCUUCAGCUUCGGAUCAGAUGCCCUUGAGGGCAUGGCAAUGGUUUGCAUCGUUUGAGUACUCAACUUGGGCUUGUUCGGUUAGCUCUUAAUCUACGUGUAUUGAGUGAGAUUAGAUGAGUUUGAAUCCCAAAUAAGUUAAAAUUA